UGGAGCGAGGGCCGUCGUGGGCAGCGCCGCCUCCUGCCGCACGCCAUCCGCACCACCGCUCGCCCCGGUCGGCGGCCAGCGCGCCCGGCUCGCGCUCGCCCCACUCCCGCAGCCAACGGUGCGCCCAGCGGCCAUGACCGCCGAGGAGAUGAAGGCGGCCGAAAACGGGGCACAGUCGGCGCCCCUGCCUCUCGAAGGAGUGGACAUCAGCCCCAAGCAGGACGAGGGCGUGCUCAAGGUCAUCAAGAGAGAGGGUACAGGCACAGAGACACCCAUGAUUGGGGACCGGGUCUUUGUCCACUACACUGGCUGGCUGUUAGAUGGCACAAAGUUUGACUCCAGUCUGGAUCGCAAGGACAAAUUCUCCUUUGACCUGGGAAAAGGGGAGGUCAUCAAGGCUUGGGAUAUUGGUAUAGCGACCAUGAAAGUGGGGGAAGUGUGCCACAUCACCUGCAAGCCAGAGUAUGCCUACGGUUCAGCGGGCAGCCCUCCAAAGAUUCCCCCCAACGCCACGCUUGUAUUUGAGGUGGAGCUGUUUGAGUUCAAAGGAGAAGAUCUUACAGAAGAUGAAGAUGGCGGGAUCAUUCGCAGAAUACGGACUCGUGGUGCAGGCUAUGCCAGGCCCAAUGAGGGUGCUAUAGUGGAAGUGGCACUGGAAGGCUACUAUAAAGACCAGCUCUUUGACCAGCGGGAGCUCUGCUUUGAAGUCGGCGAAGGGGAAAGCCUAGAUCUGCCCUGUGGGCUGGAGACGGCCAUUCAGCGCAUGGAGAAAGGAGAACAUUCCAUUGUAUACCUCAAACCUAGCUAUGCCUUUGGCAGUGUUGGGAAGGAAAAGUUCCAGAUCCCACCACAUGCACACCUGAGAUAUGAAGUACAUCUGAAGAGUUUGGAGAAGGCCAAGGAGUCUUGGGAGAUGAACUCUGAGGAGAAGCUGGAACAGAGCAACAUAGUGAAAGAAAGGGGCACUGUAUACUUCAAGGAAGGCAAGUACAAGCAAGCUUUACUGCAGUACAAGAAGAUUGUAUCCUGGCUAGAAUACGAGUCUAGUUAUUCUGAUGAGGAAAUGCAAAAGGUCCAUGCACUUCGACUGGCCUCACACCUCAAUCUGGCCAUGUGUCACCUGAAACUGCAGGCCUUCUCAGCUGCCAUUGAAAGCUGUAACAAGGCCCUGGAGUUGGACAGCAACAAUGAGAAGGGCCUGUUCCGCCGGGGAGAGGCGCACCUGGCCGUGAAUGACUUUGACUUGGCACGAGCUGACUUCCAAAAGGUCCUGCAGCUCUAUCCCAGCAACAAAGCCGCCAAGGCCCAGCUGGCUGUGUGCCAACAGCGGACCCGCAGGCAGCUUGCCCGGGAGAAGAAGCUCUAUGCCAACAUGUUUGAGAGGUUGGCUGAGGAGGAGCACAAGGCCAAGGCCGAGGUGGCUGCAGGAGACCAUCCCACUGACACUGAGAUGAAGAGUGAGCCGAACAAUGUGCCGGGGAACCAGUCUCAGGUGGAGACAGAAGCUUAGUCUGCCUCUCCACCGGCCUCUCCGCCUGCCCACCCCUGCAGCUGCCUGCCCCCCUGCUCCCUUCCCUGCUCCACCCUGUUAGUUUUGUAAAAACUGAAGAAUUUUGAGUGAAUUAGACCUUUAUUUUUCUA